AUGCAUGCAAUGAGACACUUUUCUGUGAAGCUGAACGAUGGGCACUCCAUGCCUAUUCUGGGAUUUGGCACCUCAGCUCCUGCUAAGGUUUCUAAGAGUAAGGUGGAAGAGGCCAUUGAGAGAGCAAUUGAUAUAGGCUAUCGCCAUAUUGAUUCAGCUUAUAUAUACCUAAAUGAAGAAGAGAUUGGGAGGGCCAUCCGGAAGAAAAUUGCCGAUGGCACUGUGAAGAGAGAUGACAUAUUCUAUACUUCAAAGCUGUGGGGCACCUUUUUCCGUCCAGAAUUGGUCCAAACUGGCCUAGAAGUAUCUCUGAGGAAACUUCAGCUGAGCUAUGUGGAUCUUUUUCUUAUUCAUUUCCCAGUAGCUUUGAAGCCUGGGGAGGAAAUUUUCCCAAAGAACACAGAUGGGAAACUCAUUUCUGACACAGUGGAUCUCUGUACCACCUGGGAGGUCCUGGAGAAGUGUAAGGAGGCAGGAUUGGCCAAGUCCAUUGGUGUAUCCAAUUUUAACUUCAAGCAGCUGGAGAUGAUCCUGAACAAACCAGGACUCAAAUACAAGCCUGUAUGCAACCAGGUAGAGUGUCACCUGUACCUUAACCAGAGCAAACUUCUGGAUUUCUGCAAGUCCAAGGACAUUGUCCUCACUGCAUAUGGCGUCCUGGGCUCUGACCCCGAAAAGGAGUGGGUGACCAAGAACUACCCAGUUAUCCUGGAGGACCCAGUACUCAAUGUCAUUGCUGAAAAGCACCAGCGAACCCCAGCUCAGGUGGCCCUGCGUUACCAGCUGCAGCGGGGCUUGGUGGUCCUGGUCAAAAGCUUCACUGAGAAGAGAAUCCAAGAAAACUUCCAGGUUUUUGAUUUCCAGUUGACACCAGAGGAUAUGGAAACUCUAGAUGGACUCAAUAGGAACCUUCGCUAUUUUAAAGACACUUAUUUUGCUGAUCACCCAGAUUAUCCAUUUUAUGAUGAAUAUUGA